CGGAGCUGGGGCGGUCUGGCAGCGCCGGAGCCAGGCGGCAGAGCCCAGCAGGGUUGGCACUUACCCACGACCCCCCUUUCCCUGCUAUGAUGGCCUGUCAGUAGCAGGUUCCAGACCCCCCAAGGGUAUGUAGGCAGAGCUAGCGGCAGCCAGGUGCGCAGAGCCACAGAGCUCUAGGGCACUCUGGGGGCAGCUCUGCCUGCUGCGCUCUGUGGUGCCUGGGGAGAUGCCCAAGUGACGGGCGAGCUGGUGAGAACAAGAACGUUCCCUUUUGGCCCGAGUCCGCUGCAUCUAUGGCGCUGCCGGCCAGUCUGGUGCCCCUGUGCUGCUUGGCACUUCUGGCGCUGCCGGCUCAGAGCUGCGGGCCUGGCCGGGGACCCGUCGGCCGGCGCCGCUACGUGCGCAAACAGCUCGUGCCGCUGCUCUACAAGCAAUUUGUGCCCAGCGUGCCCGAGCGGACCCUGGGUGCCAGUGGGCCGGCUGAGGGGAGGGUGACAAGAGGUUCUGAGCGCUUCCGGGACCUGGUGCCUAACUACAACCCCGACAUCAUCUUCAAGGAUGAGGAGAACAGUGGCGCAGACCGCCUGAUGACCGAGCGUUGUAAGGAGCGGGUGAACGCGCUGGCCAUAGCCGUGAUGAACAUGUGGCCCGGAGUGCGCCUACGGGUGACCGAGGGCUGGGACGAGGACGGCCACCACGCGCAGGACUCACUUCAUUAUGAAGGACGAGCCUUGGAUAUCACCACAUCCGACCGCGACCGCAACAAGUAUGGGUUGCUGGCGCGCCUGGCCGUGGAAGCCGGCUUCGACUGGGUCUACUAUGAGUCCCGCAACCACGUCCACGUGUCGGUCAAAGCUGAUAACUCCCUGGCGGUCAGGGCCGGCGGCUGCUUUCCGGGAAAUGCCACUGUGCGCCUGCGGAGCGGCGAGCGGAAGGGGCUGCGGGAACUGCAUCGCGGAGACUGGGUGCUGGCGGCGGACGCGGCCGGCCGGGUGGUGCCCACGCCCGUAUUGCUCUUCCUGGACCGGGACUUGCAGCGCCGGGCCUCUUUCGUAGCGGUGGAGACCGAGCGGCCCCCGCGCAAGCUGUUGCUCACGCCCUGGCACUUGGUGUUCGCGGCUCGGGGGCCAGCGCCCGCGCCAGGCGACUUUGCACCGGUGUUCGCGCGCCGGUUGCGCGCGGGGGACUCGGUGCUGGCGCCGGGCGGGGACGCCCUUCGGCCGGCGCGCGUGGCCCGCGUAGCGCGGGAGGAAGCGGUGGGCGUUUUCGCGCCGCUCACAGCGCACGGGACGCUGCUGGUCAAUGAUGUCCUGGCCUCAUGCUACGCGGUUCUGGAAAGUCACCAGUGGGCUCACCGCGCCUUUGCUCCUUUGCGCCUGCUGCACGCGCUGGGGGCGCUGCUUCCGGGCGGGGCCGUCCAGCCGACUGGCAUGCAUUGGUACUCUCGGUUCCUCUAUCGCUUGGCUGAGGAGCUGCUGGACUGAGCGUUCCAGGCAUAGAAACCUCGUGGCACCCGUCUAAACGCGAGCGUGCGGGCUGAGAUCCGGGGAUAUGCGCGGCAGACAAUGCUGACUGGGGGGAGGGGUAGGGAGAAAAUGGUUUAGGGCAACCUCUAAUUGAGAGGUUGGGUCCUAGGUAGGUGGUGGGGUUGAUGAUGGAUACUCCUUGACGAGGACUAUUUCUCCUCUUAUUCCCCAGUGCCUCAGCCCCACUCGAUUAUUUUAUUUUAUUUUCUAUUUAUAAAUUGUAAUAUAAUCUGCUUGCCCAGCCUGGCAAGAUGAGGGGCUGAGGCACGGUCAUAACAUUUCCCUACAAGUGGGCUAAUAAAAGGAAGGGUUCCAGGAGCUUAUUGGGAAAUAUCUCUAUUCAGAUGGUGAUUUGCCUCCAGAUUGGGGGAGGGGUAUGGAGAAAGGGGACCAUACCUUACUUCCCAUCCCCCCUUGUUUCCCAGCAGGUCGUCCUGCCUUGCUUCCUCCUCUCUGGAGGCUUCCCUGUCGACCAGCAACAGAGACCAGAAGAGUCUGCCCUUUUUUAGGCUGCUAGUUCUUUUUCCCACCAGAGAGGACUAGCAUUCUGCCCAUGUGUCUGCAUACCCGACUGUUGAAGAGACCAGGGUUAUCCAAAGAACAAGACAACUCAAACGCAUUCUUUCUCUGUUCAUAGGGGCUCCAAAGGAGGUUGAAGCCAUUUUAGGUACUGAUACUUAAAAGAAUUCUGGCUCCCAUUUGUUAGCCUGCGCUCUCCCCUGCUCAAGAAUCACCAUAGCCUGCAUUCUACUCCUGUGUGGGGGUGGGGUGGAAGGGGGUGUCUACAUGGGACUGAUUUUUUUUUUUUCUUCCCCUGGGAGGUCACUGGACCAACUGACAACUCAUGGCAAUCCCUCAGCUCAGUUCAGUCGCUCAGUCAUGUCCAACUCUUUGCAACCCCAUAGACUGCGG